CUGUAACCUCGGGUGGAGCUGGGAUGUUCUGUGUUCCCAGUGGAAUAUGGGGAACCUUGUGUCCCAUCACUGUCUCCUGCACUCUGUCACCUCGGGUGAGGCUGGCUCUGUUCCCGAUGGGAAUGUGGGGACACUGUGCCCCAGCACGGUGCCACCUCUGCUGUGUCAUCUGUGCCAGGAUGGGACCAGGAUGCUCCGUGUUCCCAGCUGGAACAGGGGGACACAGCCUCCCGUGCUUUGUCACCUGCCGGGACGCUCCUCAUUCCCCGCGGGAACCGGGGCCGUGCCACCUGCACUCCAUCACGGCCGCGCCGGGCCGGGCCGCUCCGCAUUCCGCCGGGGCUGUGUGUCCGGGCUGUGUCCGCGGUCUGUUUGCAAUCAGCCCCGGAGCCGCGUGCGGCCGGGCCCGGUGCCAGCCCCAGGCUGGAGCAGGGGGAGCGGGAGCGGCGGGAGCCAGAGCGGGGAGCGCAGCCCGGCGAGCGGCCGCGGCAGCGGGGCCGGGGAGGUGGCGCCUGCCCUGGGGAGGGACAGCAGCCCCGGGGGACACGGGGACAUGGCCCGGCUGCUGCUCCUGCUGCUGCUCGCCGCUCUGGGCUGCGCGGCCAGGCCGGGCCGCCGGCCGGCGCCGUGGGACGAUGGAGCUGACGCCCAGAGACCCCCGGCGAAGGGCUGCGCCAACCUGACGCUGGUGCUGGACAACUGGAAAUUCGCCAUCACCUCCCAGCUGAGGAACCUGCUGAUGUCCGACCACCAGACCGUGCUGCCCGACUACGGCCGGAUCCCGGCGCUCUCGGGAGCCCUGGAUGAGCUGUACCGGGAUUUCCGCGGCCUGAAGGAGCAGCUGGGCCGGCUCUCGGAUCGCUUCGCCCACCUCGAAGCCUCCGUGGAGCAGCUGAGCCGGGCCCGGGGCGCUGCAGGGCCCCCGCGCCGGGGAGGGGUCCCCCAAAACCCCCGGAGGGCCCCCGGGACCCCGCCGUGAGAGACCCCCGCCCGGGCCCGGGGCU